GUCCGGAUGUUAUGUGAAACAUAAAGUUUGAUGUUUUUCUAAUCAGUACAAAGUGUGAGAGUGACGUCACCGCAUGAUGACGUCAGCAGCGUAGUUGCAGAGUCACUGCGGCUGGUUGACUGUAAACAAGGAGAACAGAGGAGGCGCCAUUUAAACUGGGCCUUUUAACGUCUGUGCUGCUUAUAUCUGCUGCUGCUCAUGACUUAAAUUAACCCGUGAGUGAUUUCGUGAUACUCCAUUCAAUGUGCGGUCCCUUAAAUAAAGGCGCAGUUCGUGUUUUGGCGGAGACAGUCGCACGGAGCUAACGUUAGCAACUUUAGCUUAGCUGCUCGCUAGCCUCGCUGGCUAGUCAACAUCCAACGGGCCUGUUGCGAGGCAGACUCCCUUUAUGCCCUGGAUACAUCUCUCUCUUUACUGCGACCAGGAGAUCCUGAACCCUGGGUGGCUGGUCAGAGCAGCCUCCUCCCACCAUGGAGGCAGGAGGAAAGGACUGUGAGGAGGAAACUCUGCAGACGGCGUUCAAGAAGCUGAGGGUCGAUGCUGAGAGUUUACCUGGAGCUGUGAGCGUGUCGGAGGCGUUGGCUCCCAGAGUGGCAUCACGUACUUGCCUUGACGUCAGCGGAGCGAAGCCCAAACUCAGCUGCCCGAAGGACAACUGGCACGGCUGCAUGAGGAAAACUUCCAGAGGAGCAUCCAGAACACAGCGGCGUCGGCGGUCCAAGUCCCCCAUCCUCCACCCCCCCAAGUUCACCUACUGCAGUAGCUCUGCCGCCUCGGCCCUGUCGACCCCGAGCGGCUGUCUGAAGCACCAGCGGCUAGCUUUGCCGGAGCCCGCCGAGCCUCUCCCUGCAGUUGAUGGAGGAACGCCCUCCUCUGUGGCCGUCCCGACCCAGAAAGAGCUCUCCUCUUCGGCCACUCCCAGCCAUAUCUCGCCUCUGGUUUUUGGAUCUUGCGCUGCGGUUUCCUCGCAGGAGCUCCCCACUGUUAUUACUACUGUUGUGACAUCAUCCAGGCAGGACGGAGGGAGCUCUGGAGAUGCGACCGAGGAGAGCAGCGCGAAGAAAAGUGCCUGUGACGGAGCGGAGUCUGGAGCAGGAGCAGGAGCACCUCGGCUCUCCGGAUCCGCAGAAGCCGCCGACUUCCGAGCUCUGUCCGAGCUCCACAGCAGCGGCUCCGCAGAAGGCGCCCAGGUCGCCUGCACCUGUGCCUGGAAGAGUAGCUCAGAUUCCCAGGAGGAGAGCGGCGGGCAGGCGGCUGAAUCCCAGUGCCGGUGUCAGGCCCUCCAUCAAGGCUGGCACGGCGUGGAGGUCUACUCCUUCACCGGGCUCCGCAACGUCAUGUUGGAGUGCGAGAGGAGCCUGCCGAGCCACGAGGACCCCCCCAGAACUCUCAGCGCCAACAGUAACGCCGCCUCAGCUUCGUCACCUUCGUCAUCGCCGGCAGCGGCGUUGUCGUCUGGCUCCCCGCGCUCGUGUUCGGAGCAGGCGCGGGCGUACGUCGACGACAUCACAAUAGAGGACCUUUCUGGCUACAUGGAGUAUUAUCUCUACAUCCCCAAGAAGAUGUCACACAUGGCUGAGAUGAUGUACACUUAAAAAUAUUAUUAUUAUUAUUAUAUCAUAAGGAAAUAAUAAAGUUUUUUUUCUGUUUGUGGGGGAAACGGCCGCCUCGAAGGAAUGUCAGUAGUGGGUAGAAGAAUGGAUCAGGCAUGAAAGUUGUAAUUUAAUUAUACAACGUUAACUGAUUUAGCCCCUCCCCUUCCUCAUUUAUUAAAACUAACAGAAACGAAUCAUCUAUUUCUCAUUAGUUUUGACUUUCGCCCUUUGUUUUUUGUGCUACGUUUUAAUUUAAAGUUUUUCAGUUUACAAAUGAAGUUGCCAAAGCUCUUGGUGCAGGCUCUUUGCAGGAGAGGAUGGUAGGAAUAUGCAAACUUGUAACAGCGAGUGUUGGUGUUGUGAAAGUCACCUGUCUGGAUUUCAUUUCACUCAAUAAAGACGCAAAUUGU